ACGUAUAGCUAGCUAGCUCCUCUAGGCUUUCUGUUCUGGAUAGCUCAAUCAAUCACCGCACUCAUUCAUGGAGGCUGCACGAAAACGAGUUGGUUUCAUACCAGGUGCUUUCAACAGAUCGACAGCAGUAUCGACAGGAAUUCCUUGCUGCUUUCGCCAGUCAGUUACAUUCCCUCCCAUAAAUUGCACAAGCUAGCUAGCUACCUGAACAUUCUUCCUCUGAUCCUCCCGUGUUUCACGACUCUCGACUUUCCCCGCAUCCUCGUAUUGCCCGAGCUGACUCGACUCUAGUAUCGGUCCGUGGCCCGAACGAAACCCCGAACCAUGAAGAUCUCCUCCCCCAAGACUCUUGCGUUGGUGCCGCUGUCGUUGUUGGCCGCAUCCUCCGCCCAUGCGCAAGAACGGUUUGCCAUUACCCAAAACACGUACACUAUCAACGAUAAGGAACGUCUUGCGAAUGCCUGUCAUACGGAACUCGGAUUGAAUGCUCAUGUCGUCGACUUGGAUCAGGACGUGUCCACACGACUACAGUGGAACACUGUGGCGCCUCUUUUUGAUGGGAUGCAACGAUUCACGCACUACUGGGCAUUGGGCGAUUCCGAUUAUCUCGAUCGUCUCUCUUCCAGUCGCGGUGUCGUGGUGGAAUACCUCUGGGGCGACCAUGUCGAACCGGUCCUCAUGGGAGACGCCGAAAUGCCAUCGUUUCUAGAGGUACAAGUCUUGUGUCAGAUUACUGCUGCGGACACGGACUCUAGUUCUAGCAGGAAGGCUCCCUCCAAGAUUUUGACGGCCAGCAGCUUUGGCCACUGGCAUGUACAGACUUGGGCGGGUGACACGUUGGACUUUCACAACACGGCGGGAAGUGGUGCCACGUGCAAUGUCAUUCUCGUGGAUAGUCCCCACUUUAUGGGUGGUGUCGGACUGCACAUUCAAGUGCGAUUGCAAUCCACUCCCAUGUGGUCCUACAUGGACGCGGCCGUGAUCCAGAUUGGCGAGGAAACGCUCGAAGUGCAGGGGAAAGCAAAAGGCAACAACAAUAAUAUCAAUAAUCCCUAUUGGAUCAACGGUGUCUACCAGGAAAGCAACCUACAAGUGUCCAGCUUUCCGAUCGAGUUUCAGCAACUCAAUGCCCGUCAACGAGACUUUAAGAUUGACUUGGGUCAAGGCAAUAUGGUGUCGAUUCGAAGCUUUCAUCAGUACGUUCGUGUCGAUGUUCAAACCAGGGACGAUUCCGACAUGAUGGAAGGUAGCUUUGGUUUGCUCGGCAGUUUCCCGGAUGGACAGUGGAUUGGCAAAGACUAUCAAACCAUGGUGGAAGAUGCAAAUGACUACGGAAAAGAGUGGAUGGUAGAUCAAGCACGAAACUCCUUGUUUCAGUCUUCUUCCGUUGGGCCACACAACUCGUGCAAGUUUCAAGUGGUCUCCACGGCGACCAAGAAAAAGGCCAGAGCACAACAAAAGAGGGAGCAAGAAACGUCAUUGGCAUCGCGGCUUCAAUCGUUUCGUCGUCGUCUGACCCAACAAGUCGAUCCCAAGGACGACCAAUCGCCAGAGUUCUUGUCCAAAGAUGCGUCUACCGUUACGACGGAAGACGCGCAAAAAGCAUGCGCCACAGUGCACGAGAGUCACCCAGAACGAAUCCCUCUCUGCAUUGAUGGUCUCAUGGAAUUGAUUCGGAACAAGAAACAUGCCGGCAACGAGGAGGAAGGAGUCUUUGCCGACGUGUUUGAUGCCUUGUUCGUUCAUUCUAACGGGGAAGCUAACUAGAUUGCUUGGCAGCGUGGCACCAGACUGGCAACAUGCAUACAUAAUAACCGCCGUUCAUCAUAAAGAAAUGAUAUAGAUGUACAUCGAGCGGAUGCUUUCAAUAUUCAAGUAGGUCGCAAUUGAGCUGUCACGACUUGGCGGUGGUACCGGUACCAGUACCAUUAGG